CCAACUUCCGCCCCCCAUGUUAGACGUCGUCGAUGUUGAGCCGUACGUCUCGAGCAGCAGCAGCCGCGGAUCGCGUGACGACCAGAAUCUGAGAGAAUGGCUGGCGUCAGACGCGGUAGGGGCGUACCUUAGAGGCGCUUCUCCAAGUACGCUUAUUGACGAGGAUGCCAUAUCCGUGGAUGACCUGAAUGACAUCGACGACCUCAUGUUCUCCCCACAAUCUACCUUGACACCCACUUACCCCGACACGCACCAUAGAACUGAUUCAGAAUCAUCUGCCUUAUCAUCUUCCUCAGAUGCUGACAUGUCGGAAGACUUGUCUUUCCAAUACGCGACGUACCCUUCCAUACGAUACGAACGAAGUCAGCUAAGCCCCCAUGAUGAGAAAGAGGAAGACGAAGAGCGGUCGCUCUGGUUGAAAUUCGUCAAACCUGCAUUGUCAAAGGAGUCGAAGGACCCCAAGAACGUCACGCUUUUCGGGCACAUGCAUCGCGUGCAGCUCCCGACAAGACGGAGACGAAGGAGUUCGUCGACGUCCUCUACUUCCACCGCUUUCACGAAGACUUCUGCCGGCCCGAAAUCAAUACUCGCACGCACCCCAUCCAAUGCCACCAGCACCUUGACGAACUCUCCCAAAUGCAGGUCCCCACCCUCCAUCAAGUCCGCCAAAUCAGUCAAGUUCGUGGACGAACCUACAUAUUGUACAGAGCCGUGUCGACCAGCUCCUUUGCCCAUGUCUCCUCCUCCUACACGCAUAGCCGCAGACCGUCCUGGAAUGGUCAAGAGACUCAGGCGCUCGCUCAGCAAGACUGAGCUUGUAGCGCCAGAGCGACCAGUGAUAUCUGGGCCAUUCCCGCUAUGGGAGGCGCCGCUGUUAGCGGAUCGAGCCAGUUGCAGGAGUAGCCGGGGGAGCAUCCGGUCGACACGGUCCAGCAGCAGGCUACGUACACUGUGGGCUAGGGUAGCGGCUGCAGUCCGGUAGGCUGUGACCUAUAGGCUUAUCCGAGUCUUCUCAUGUGACAACUUCCCUCGUGCGCCAGCUUUCACUCCUACUUCACGUCGACGAGAACACGCAAGCGUUGCGUCCUGGAGUCGUGGCUUCGUUGAACGGAUGCCGCGGUGCACCACCUGUGUUCCUCGUCGUAAUCGGACUUCAGAUGACAUAGACAUUUCCGUGUCUCAAUGACCCCAUGGCACGUCAAGUAGCACACUGCAUGCCGGCCGUGUAUCUGAAUCUGAAGCUUUGAAUAGCGCAGCCUCAUCGUAGUAGUAUUAGGUAGUUGUGCUUAAACGAGCGCUGAGCUGCUCGUGGAAUCGCG